GCUCAAUUAUAACACCACUGCUAGCAGCCUCACCACCCAACUGCCCUCAGGCCUCAGCACUCUUUCCUCUCCCUCACACUACACACACCACCAGCAUCAUCAUUCAUCAGCGAGCUCGCCGGUCGCCGGUCGCCGGUCGCCAUGGAGAAGUGCAGAUCGGUGCCGCACGAGCACGCAGCGGCGGCGUACUACGGGUGCGGUGGCGGGUACGACUACGAGGACGUGAGCCGGGGCACGGCGGUCAAGUCGUACAGCUUCAACGGCCCCAGCGCCGGCGAGGACCCGGAGGCGAAGCGGCGGCGGCGGGUGGCGUCGUACAACGUGUUCGCGUCGCAGGCCCGGCUCAAGUCCUCCGUCCGCGGCAGCUUCAAGUGGCUCAAGUCCAAGCUCUCCGACGUCCGCUACGGUGGCCUCUGAAACUUUUUUACCCUCAACCUCCCACGAAAACUGAACCUCUACUAUAUAUAUGCGUGCAUAUGCAUGAAGAAGUGUGUAUGUGUGUGUGCUACUACUGCUGCUGCUGCUGUUGCUAUACGUGCAGGCAUGGCCCCCAAGUUGCUGCAUAUAUGUGUGUACUGUUUAAUUGCAUGCCGUAUUUAUGCAUGUAUGAACUGCUGAUGUGUGUGUGAUGCCAAGUUGCUGCAUGGUUAACUGCUAGAUCCAUCCAUGGAUCGGUCUAUGUGUUUUUGGUUGCCUUUUUGAGAGACUAAAUGGUGGUUUGUACUAUUAUCCUCCUCCUGCUUAAGUCGCAGAUCAAGUUGUAUCAGGCCAUGUUCUCUGUUUUUUUUUCUAUGAAAAUUCUGUUCUCUGUUUUCA